AUGGGAGCAGCGCGGGCGGCGCCGGGAGGCAGCUGACAGGCGUCCUCAGCUUCGCUUCAUGGCCGCUCUCCAGCCCCGCCUGGACUCGGUGGGAAGUCGGGGAGCCCGCAGCGUCCCGGAGCCGGAGCUGGCGAGCUGAGCAGGAACCUGUGUGCGGCGCCGCUGAGGCGCAGCAUGUGAAGAGGAGACGGCGUCCAGCGCGAGGCGAGCCUCUCAGCCGGCCGGGAUGGCUACGACGGCCGAGCUCUUCGAGGAGCCUUUUGUGGCAGACGAGUAUAUUGAACGUCUUGUAUGGAGAACCCCAGGAGGAGGCUCUAGAGGGGGAUCUGAAGCUUUUGAUCCUAAAAGGUUAUUAGAAGAAUUUGUAAAUCAUAUUCAAGAACUACAGAUAAUGGAUGAAAGGAUUCAAAGGAAGGUAGAGAAACUAGAGCAACAGUGUCAGAAAGAAGCCAAGGAAUUUGCCAAGAAGGUGCAAGAGCUCCAGAAAAGCAAUCAGGUUGCCUUCCAACAUUUCCAAGAACUAGAUGAACACAUUAGCUAUGUAGCAACCAAGGUCUGUCACCUUGGAGACCAGUUGGAAGGGGUAAACACACCCAGACAGCGAGCAGUGGAAGCUCAGAAAUUGAUGAAAUACUUUAAUGAGUUUCUGGAUGGAGAAUUGAAAUCUGAUGUUUUUACAAAUUCUGAAAAGAUAAAGGAGGCAGCAGAUAUCAUUCAGAAGUUGCACCUAAUCGCCCAAGAGUUACCUUUUGAUAGAUUUUCAGAUGUAAAAUCCAAAAUUGCAAGUAAAUACCACGAUUUAGAAUGCCAACUGAUUCAGGAGUUUACUAGUGCUCAAAGAAGAGGUGAAAUCUCCAGAAUGAGAGAAGUAGCAGCAGUUUUACUUCAUUUUAAGGGUUAUUCCCAUUGUGUUGAUGUUUAUAUAAAGCAGUGCCAGGAGGGUGCUUAUUUGAGAAAUGAUAUAUUUGAAGAUGCAGCAAUACUCUGUCAACGGGUGAACAAGCAAGUUGGAGAUAUCUUUAGUAAUCCAGAGACAGUACUGGCUAAACUUAUUCAAAAUGUAUUUGAAAUCAAACUACAGAGUUUUGUGAAAGACCAAUUAGAAGAAUGUAGGAAGUCUGAUGCAGAGCAGUAUCUCAAAAAUCUCUAUGAUUUAUAUACAAGAACCACGAAUCUUUCCAGCAAGUUGAUGGAGUUUAACUUAGGUACUGAUAAACAGACUUUCUUGUCUAAGCUUAUCAAAUCCAUUUUCAUUUCCUAUUUGGAGAACUAUAUUGAGGUGGAGACUGGAUAUUUGAAAAGCAGAAGUGCUAUGAUCCUACAGCGCUAUUAUGAUUCAAAAAACCAUCAAAAGAGAUCCAUUGGCACAGGAGGUAUUCAAGAUUUGAAAGAGAGAAUUAGACAACGUACCAACUUACCAUUGGGACCAAGUAUCGAUACUCACGGGGAAACCUUUCUGUCCCAAGAAGUGGUGGUUAAUCUUUUACAAGAAACCAAACAAGCCUUUGAAAGAUGUCACAGGCUCUCUGAUCCUUCUGAUCUACCACGGAAUGCCUUUAGAAUUUUUACCAUUCUUGUGGAAUUUUUAUGUAUUGAGCAUAUUGAUUAUGCUUUGGAAACGGGACUUGCUGGAAUUCCCUCUUCAGAUUCUCGAAAUGCAAAUCUCUAUUUUCUGGAUGUUGUGCAACAGGCCAACACUAUUUUCCAUCUUUUUGACAAGCAGUUUAAUGACCACCUUAUGCCACUAAUAAGCUCUUCUCCUAAGUUAUCUGAAUGCCUUCAGAAGAAAAAAGAAAUAAUUGAACAAAUGGAGAUGAAAUUGGAUACUGGCAUUGAUAGAACAUUAAAUUGUAUGAUUGGACAGAUGAAGCAUAUCUUGGCUGCAGAACAAAAGAAAACAGAUUUUAAGCCAGAAGAUGAAAACAAUGUUUUGAUUCAGUAUACUAAUGCCUGUGUUAAAGUCUGUGCUUAUGUAAGAAAACAAGUGGAGAAGAUUAAAAAUUCCAUGGAUGGGAAGAAUGUAGAUACAGUUUUGAUGGAAUUUGGAGUACGUUUUCAUCGACUUAUUUAUGAGCACCUUCAACAAUACUCCUACAGUUGUAUGGGUGGCAUGUUAGCAAUUUGUGAUGUAGCUGAAUAUAGGAAGUGUGCCAAAGACUUCAAGAUUCCACUGGUAUUACAGCUUUUUGAUACUCUGCAUGCACUUUGCAAUCUUCUGGUAGUUGCCCCAGAUAAUUUAAAGCAAGUCUGCUCAGGAGAACAACUUGCUAACCUGGACAAGAACAUUCUUCACUCCUUCGUACAACUUCGUGCUGACUAUAGAUCUGCCCGUCUUGCUCGACAUUUCAGCUGAGGUUGAAUUUGUAAGGAAAGUGUGUUGUACUUCAACAGGCCUUGGUUGAUAGAAAGCACAGGAGAUUUCUUACGACAUAGCCAACACUUUAUGGAAAAAUGACUGUUUGGAAAAACAGCAGCCAUACUUACCCUUGAGAUUUUUGUUUUUAAAUUUGGACACUUAGUAGCCAUAUUUUGUUUUUUUUACUCUUAAGUUGAUUUUUAAUAUCAUUCUUGAACAUAUAAGUUUCAAAUUCUGUGACACUAUAUGUCAUGGUUUUCAUCCUGAAAAAUCUUAGGGUCAGAAGGCAAAUGAGAUGUUACCAGUUUUCCAGUUCACGUUCUUUAACAUAUUCCAUUGGGAAAUUUCACCAUCGUAUUUUACCAAUUUUAAUGACCUUUCAGCACCAGUAAUUGUUAAUCAAGUUAUUUUAAGUAUUCCUAGAGAACUUUUUGCCUCUUUCAAAAGGUUAACAAUUGAGCAUAAUUUCCUUGGUUGAUUGGAUUUCUUCUGAGGUACAACCAUAGUACUAUUUUCAGAAAAAUGUUACAUACUAAACUAAAAUGAUGAAAUGUUUUAUGUAGAUAUUAGGAAUGAAUUAGAAUAUAUCUGCUUUCUGGGUAAAAAAACCACAAUUUAAAGUUCACUGUUUCUUAUUUGGUAAACAGAUUUUUAAGUCAUUGCUAGCAAGAAAUUAAUAAAACUACUUUGUUUUAUAUUUCAGUUAAGAUAAGGUGGAGGACCUUAACAGAAAGACCAUAUUUAUUCAUUAUUUUAAUAUUAUAAGGGAAGUAAAAAAAUGAGGUAUACUCUGAAUAGUGCAUAUGAGAAAUAUUGACAUUGUUUAACAAUAAUGCAGUCCUUUAAUAAUUUCUAUCUUGAAGUCAAAUUGGAAUAAUAUGGGGUGGCUAAACAUGCAGAUAGUCUUCUAUUUUAAUAGGAAUUGGGAAUUGAUAUUCUAAGUCUGGAGAUGAGCUUUGCAAAGUGAGUUGCUUUUUAAAUCUAUAGUUUCUGUCAUCUUUUCAGGGCACUUCUGAAGCAGUUUCUACUGAAUGUAAUUAAUUGAAUCGGCUUGAUAUGGUGACAUAAUAAAUCACUUACAAAAUUUGAAGCAUCAAGUGGAAAUUUAGAAAGGCCAUUAGCUCUGUAAACUUGCUCUGUGAGAAUGCAUUCUUAACUCUGUGUAGUGUUUCAGCUCUCAUUGUGCCGUUCUUCUUGCGGGAACAGAUAAAUUUUAAUGUUUAAUUCAUUCUUGGCAUUUUUUUCUCUUAAUGUAGGCUUUUUGCCUAAUUUUAGAAAACUGCUUUUUUUGUUUCUUAAUGGUCAUUCACUUUACCAAAACUUUUUCAGGUCUAAAGCUAGCUACUACUAUUUAAGUUACUCUUGACUGAAUUCUCUUAUUUUCUGUUUAGCCCAGUGUUAUCAAGGUGAUCAAGACAAAUAUGCCAACAUUGAUUAAAGCAUUUAAGGAGAUUGUGAAAGUUUUAGAAGGCUGUCUAGUUUUCUAUUCCUUAGCCAAGGGAGAACCAGAACAGUUUUUGGAUACUAGGGAAAGUCAUAUGCUUGUACUAUUGCCAUUUUAGAAAGCUCUGAUGUGAAUUCACAUUAUACCUCUGUUACUUAAAAGCCAACAAUUUGAACUCAGUAGUUUUACUGGCCAUUUGAACUCCUUGUAUACAGUGUCAAUUUGUAAAAAGGGGUCGGGGGUGGAUCUCAAAUAAAACAUGAGAAAACAUUUCAAGACUUCCAUAACAAAGAAGCACGUCAAAUUAUUUUGUUUAGAUUAAUUUAAAAAAUGUAUGACAUAUACUUGUUGCAUAGAUAUUUUGUUAAUUAUUAUUUACAUGCUUGAGUUCCGAGCAAUAUUUUCCAUUAUGUCCAUUGACAGGGCAGUGACAAAGAGAACUCAUAAGUGAUUACUUAAUUUAGAAGUGUUAAUAUUAAUGCUCAAUAAACAAAUUCCCUGCAAUUGUUUUUUUUAUUUCACUUUUUUUUUACAUUUAAGGAUAUCCAUACUGAAUUUUGUAAAUUAUUUUUCUUUAAAUUUUCGAGAUGUUUCUUUUAUUUAUAAUAGGUUUUCUUACGUUUUUAGCAGAAAUAUUUUUAUUUUUAAGACAUUUUUGAUAUUCACAGCCACUAAAAAAAUUUGCCUGAAAUUUAUGGCUCAAAAGAAAUGAUUAAUAAGGGAAAUGUUUUUCAUAUGUACAUGGUAAUUUUAGGUAGCAAUAAUGAAACUUUGUGUAUUAGUAACUUUAGCCAACAUUUGAAUAAAGAUAAUCUUUGCAAUUUUCUGCAGUUCCACAUGAGUUAACAACAAUAUUUAGGUAAUGUGUUGAAGUUGAAAAUGUGCUCUAAAAUGCUGUAAAUUAAUUAUUUUUCUAAAUCUCGAGUAUAUUAUGUUUGCAUAAAAUGGUACAGAAAGUGAAAUAUAGCACAUGAUUUAAGAAGGAAGUGUAACUUUUAUGACAUUGGAGAAAGACACUCAACCAGAAUAGAUUAAUAGUCCCUAUGAAGAACUAUUAAAUAACAGCUGGAUGGAACAAUAGACUAUGUGAUUAUUCCAAGAAACUUAUUAGCCUCAUUUUAUGGGUAUUACCAUGGUUGCAAGCCCCUAGCAUUUUUCUUGGGUUUUUUUUUGCAGGUUUUUAAAAUUUUUAUUUCAAAAACUAACUCUUUUUAAAUUAUAUUUUACUGAUUGUUAUUACAAUUGUCCCAAUUUUUCUCCACUUUAUCCUCUUCUGCCCUGCAACCACCCCACCCUCCAGCAACCCCACCCCCCCUUAAUUCUUGUUCAUGGGUUGGACAUACAAGUUCUUUGGCUUCUCCAUUUCCUAUACUAUUUUUCACCUCCCACUGUCUGUUUUGUAUCUACCAAUUACACUUCUUAUUCCCUGUACCUUUUUCCCCAUUCUUCCCUGCCCCCUCCCCACUGAUAAAUCUCCAUGUGAUCUCCAUUUUCAUGAUUCUGUUUCUGUUCUAGUUGUUUGCUUACCUAAAAAAAAAAAAAAGACCUAACUCUUUUGCAUUGCCUUUCAGUGUCUAUGUGUGCGUGCACAGUAGAGCUCAAUUCCUAAAAAUUAUCUCUUUGUGCUAUUGUCUAACUUAAUGCUUGUGCACAGUAAAAAGAAAAAAAUAUUGUUGAAACCCAAAUUAGGUCAGGACAAUGAGGGAAGCCAGAAAUCAGAGGAUAAUCAAAGAGUAAAUGAAACCCCUGGGUGAUCUAAUCAGAAAAUAACAUAUUUAAGGGGGGGAAAAUUGGGACAACUGUAAUAGCAUAAUUAAUAAAAUAUAUAUUUUUUAAAUCACACAUUUAAAUCCUGACUCAUCCACUUAUUAGCUGUGACUUUAGAAAAGUCACUUUUUUUUCAGCCUCAGUGUUCUCACCUGCAACAGACUAUUUAGUGAAUUUUCUUUUUUUUAACUUUUUUUAUUGAUUAUGCCAUUACAUUUGUUCUAUUUCCCCAUCUCUGUUCCCCUCCACCCUGCACACCCCUCCCCCACCAUUCUCCCCCCCUUUAGUUCAUGAACACGUGUCUCAAGUUCUUUAGAUUCUAUAUUUCCCCUACUAUUCUUACCCUCCCCCCUAUUUUCUAUCUACUGUUUUUACUACUUAUUUUCUGUACCUUCUCCCCCCUGCUCCUUCUCCCACUCCCCUGUUGCUAACCCUCCAUGUGAUCUUUAUUUCUAUGAUUCACUCCUGAUCUAGCUGUCCUCUUAAUUUGCUUUUGUUUUCGGUGUGGUUCUUAAUAACUGUGAGUUUGCUGUCCUUUCACUCUUCAUCUUUUUUUAUCUUCUUUUUCUUAGGUAAGCCCCUUUAACAUUUCAUAUAGUAACGGCUUGGUGAUGAUCAACUCCUUGAACUUGAUCUUAUCUGAGAAGCACUUUAUCUGUCCUUCCAUUCUAAAUGAAAGCUUUGCUGGCUAGAGCAAUCUUGGUUGUUUGUCUUUGGAUUUCAUGACUUGGAAUACCUCUUUCCAGCCCCUUCUUGCCUGUAAGGUCUCUUUUGAGAAAUCCACUGACAGUCUCAUAGGCACUCCUUUGUAGGUGACUGUCCCCUUGUCUCUUGCUGCUUCUAGAAUUCUCUCUUUCAUUUUAAUCUUGGCUAAUGUAAUUAUGAUGUGCCUUGGUGUGUUCCUUCUUGGGUCCAAGUUCUUUGGGACUCUCUGAGCUUCCUGGAUUUCCUGGAAGUCUAUUUCCUUUGCCAGAUUGGGGAAGUUCUCCUUUAUUAUUUGUUCAAAUAAGGUUUCCACUCGUGACUGUUCCUCUUCCCCUUCUGGUACCCCUAUAAUUCAGAUGUUGGAACGUUUAAAGAUGUCCUGAAGGUUCCUAAGCCUCUCCUCAUUUUUUUGAAUUCUUGUUUCUUCAUCCUUUUCUGUUUGGUCAUUUUUUUCCUCUUUCUGGCCUACUCCUUUGAUUUGAGUCCCAGUUUCCUUUCCAUUACUAUUGGUUUCCUGUGCAUUUCCCUUCACUUCAAUUAGUUUAGCCUUCAUUUGUUCCUCUAAUUUGUGACUAAAAUAAACCAGUUCUGUGAGCAUCCUGAUCACCAGUGUUUUGAACUGUGCAUCUGAAAGUUUGGCUAUUUCUCCAUUGCUUAGAUUUAUUGGCUCUGGGGCUCUGAGUUGUUCUUGAGCCGUGUUUUGGUCUGUUCGUGCCUGUUACACGUAGGAGGAGAGGCGCCUUGGUGUUUACCGGGGCAGGGCCACACAGGUCGCAGGUUUGUGACGCUAUAUGUGGGGGCGGGGUCAGAGAGGGAGCAAUGGCGGUCCUCUCUCCUCACCCAGUCCGCCUCACUGCUCGCCCCCUCCUGCUUAUCUGAGGGCAAAGGUGCGAGUCUGCCGCCCUGCGCCAGUUGCUGAGGCCUGCGAGAUCUGUCUCAAGGCUCGCCUCUUCACUGGUUUAUCUGCGUGCAAAUGUGCGACCAACUGCAGCCAGCCAGCAGCGCCUCGUCCCUGGGUUCCGCCCGUAGCUAGCCCACACCUGGGAUCCGUGCCCCUGGCUGCCUGUGCACUGUCCGUAUCUUUUUUGCCCGACUGGCUCCGCUGCUGCUUUCACCCCUCUCACUGGUUUUGCUGACUGAUCCAUUGUUUCUGGACUCCGUAUUCGAUUUUCUGUGUGGUUUGGUUGUGUUUAUUGUUAAAACUGUGUUGUUUUUAGAUUUGGUUGUGGGAGGACGAAGUGUUCCCACCUACGCCUCCAUCUUGGCGGAAGUCCUCGCAUUUUUCUUGUUUUAAAAAGAGCUACUAAUAGGUUAACUAGAAGGUUAAUUUUUUGCAAGUAGGUUAAUGUGUGGUAUAUUUUAGGCCAUUUUUUCUCAUUUUAAAUAUUUCACUAUCUGAAUAGCAUCCUUCUGGCUCUUAGUAAAAUAAUUGAAUUUUCAGCCACUAGAUUGAUUCAAAGUGGAGAAUAUUCUGCUUCCUUAACAUUCCCUUUUCUCAUCUAUGAUGUUGAAUAUUUACAAGUAACUAAAUAAAGAAAUUUUCGUUCCUAAAAUGCCACAAAACCCCUUAAGGUAGGUAAGUGUUUAUAAGUCAGUGCCUGAGGCGUGCUUGAACUGUAUGUGACAAUGAGGUUCACUCAGCAUAAUUUGUUCAUGACUUAAAAAGCUCACAUCUGGGAGUUUAACUUUUUUAAUGUAAAAAUACUUUGCAUAUUACCCAUAUAUUGCCCAUUUUGACUCAGAUUCCUAAUGGAACAUUUGAUACACAAACAUUCUGUGCUUUCAUCCACUUAGUUUAAUUGUAUUCAGUUCUUGUAGUACUUCUUUUUGUUUGAGAAACUCUGUCCUGAAUACAUAAGUACUUUGGAGGAAAAGACCAGUCCAUAUUGUUAGAGUAAGUAAUUCUACAUAAAGUAAAAAGCAAAUUUUAAAUUUUGAUGCAUGAUAAAGAUAAUUAUAGCUACAUUUAUUGACUUAAAUUCCAUGCACUAUGAUAAGCCUUUUGCAUGUAUUACUUCAUUUGAUUCCAUAACGUACCUGUUCAAGGUCUAUAGCCAGGCUGAGCUUGAAACCUAACUCUUACACACACUAUUCAAUGCACAAUUCUUGUGUAACACUGACUAGGUUCCUUUUUUUGAUAGACUCGUGAAUUUUGCUUGAGACUCAUUAAUUUUGCUUAAUCUAAUUUUCUUUUCAUCAAAUAUUUCUUUGUAGUGUUUAGGUUAUGAAGUUCAUACACAGUUUCAGUAUCUAAUUUGCUGUUGGAUUUUUUUUAGUGGGUCUAAUGUGUGAUCAGUACUUUUUAAAUUUGGUUUUUAAAUUUUUAUAAGUGGCCAUAAAAUUUUAAUGAAUAUUAAAUUUGUACCUAAUAGAAAUAUUUUAAUCAAAAAAUUCUCUUUAGUGAGUAUUAUUUUACAUAAUCAUAAUAUUGUUUCCACCUAAUUUUAUAACAGAAGGAGUCCAGAUAUUUUGUACCAUAUCUUGUAACAUGGGAGUAAAUGACAACUCUUUGGAAGAUAAAAAGAAAUCAGUAUUUCUGCCUUCAAAAACAGAGUGUUUUAAUGUCAUAAGUUUGCCAGUUCUGUUAAUUAUUUAGCACAUUGGUAGUUUUUAAAUGGCAAAUGUAGGAGUGUAAAUGUGAGGGAAAAUGUACUCAGUUUAUUAACAAUAGGUGAUCAUUUUAUGUAUCAAAAGUUGCAUGUUUAAUCUUUUUAAAAGUUGCCUUAACUCCUAACUUUUAUUCUUACCACUGAUCAGUUCUUUCUCUUUCAAAUUUAGAGGAGGAACAACCCCUCAAGUGUAUUUGAGACAGAAACCUGAUACAUUAGAGAGUAAGAAAUUUAUUUGGUGAUUUGAAGCAGCUAGGCCGAUAACCCUGGGCUUAACACGAUUAAUAUUUUUAAACUAGGUCCUCUAUACUUUAACACUGUUAGUUGGGAAGUAACAGUGAACCAAUUUGUAUGAAUACUAUCACUUUGGGGGGGGAGAGACAGGUAAUUAACCAUACUUACUCAUUUUCUAAGUGGUUUAGAAGGUUGCAGACUGCCUCACCAUACAAAGCCAAUUUAAAUAUGAAUAUAUCACAUCAUACUUCAAACAGCAAACAGUCUCAGAGGAAAGUCAUUUAUUCAGAAGGCAUAGAUUUGUGCUAGACAGCAGUGAUGCAUUACAAAUAUAUAAUUAUUUGCACUAAUAUUUGAGCAGGUGGAAUGGAUUAGAACAUGGUCAACAUUAUGCUGCUGAUAACGUAUUUUUCUAUAUUAAUAUGUACUGUGCAACAUGUAUUAAAAUUGUCAAUAAUUCAUUUUAGUCAUGAUGCUAAUAUUUAUAUUACUGUGUCGAAGAGACAGUAUCCAACUGAGCCACUUUUAAUUUAAAAGUUAAAUUGGUUAUUAAGUUUACUUUGAGAAAGCACUUACUUUAUAAUCAUUGGAAAGUCAGUAAAACAAUGAUCAGUGACUAGUGACUUAAUAGGAAGAAAUAUAGAGGGUUAAGAAUAGGGGUAGAAAUACGGGAUAAGUUGCUUCAUUUACAGCUCAGAUGAGUGACUUCCUCUUGUUCUCACCAUUGGCAAUUUUAAGUGAAGGAAAAUGUCUUAAUCCUUCCAGAGUAUCUUCAUAUUAAUAAACUAAGCCUGAAGAUUGGAUGGAACCAACUCCAAGAUAUUAAUCUCCAGUGGUGGACUUUCAAAUUUUUUACAUUAAACUUGGAGAGGUAGGAAGCUUUCUUGAUGUCCCUGUUAUCUUGAAUGGGCAGGUGCUUUUGAAUGAGGCCAUCUCUUUUUACCUGCCUAUCAUUUUAACCUUUAUACUGUGGGUAAAUUUGGUUCCUUUGAACUCUGGUGUUUUCUUAUGGCAGUUCUAUCAAAUCUGCAGCCUUUUACUGUAGAGAAUAUUAUCCAAAUAGAAUCUGGAAAACGCUGACCUAAAGAAAACUGAAACUACCUCUAAGUAUAUUGUUUGCAGAUGCUGUAUGGUAUUUAGAGGAUUCACAUGGAAUUGUGGGAAAAUACUUGAUAAGGUAUAUUACUAAGUGCCUUUAUAUUAGGAUUCUCCAGUGGGAUGUAUUUUUCAUUUCUGCCACAUGGGGGAGAUGUUAUUUUUAUAGUAAUACCUACAUUUCUGUUUGAUUUUAAAAAUAGAAUUCACAUAGCUUCUUUCUACCAAAUGGCACCUAUGAACAUGUCACUAUCCUAACAGGAAAAGAGAGAGAGCAUGUGUGUGUGUGCACACGCAUGCACAUACUUACAUGAGAUUCUGAAGGUUAUUUGUGAGAAGAAUUUCUGAGUGAAUUAAUGACACAAAAUUAAUACAGUUUUGAAGAACAUAUAUGUGCACAGGAGUUGUCCAAAGUCCAUAGUAAUUAAAGUUAUGUUUUUUUAGAGUUACAUAUCAUGAAUUACUUUAUCAACUCUAAGAAGAAUAAUUUAUGGAUUGGUUUUCUCCAUUCUCCUUUAAAAAAACCUUUUUGAUACAAUUUCAAACUUACAGAAGUGUUGUAAAUACUAUACAAAUAAACAUUUCCCACUUUAAUAGUAAGUUGCCGUCAUGAUGACACAUCGCACUUCAGUAUUUUCGUAUUUCCAAAAAGAAGGAAUUCUCCUACAUGACCAUGAUACAGCUUCAAAAUCAGGAAGUUAACACUGACUUGUUACUCCCAUGUAAUCCUCAGACAACAUUCGAGUUUCACUAAUUGUCCCAAUAAGGAUUAGUUCGAAAUCAUAUGUUAGUUUAGGUUGUAGCCUCCCUUGUUUCUUUCACCCUGGAACAGUUCCUCAGUUUUUCCUUGACUUUAUUUAUUCUUGGCAUUUUUGUAGGCUAUAGGAUAGUUAUUUUGUAAAGCAUCUGUCCUUAAAUUUGGAUUUAUCUGUUUACUCACCAUGAGAUUCCAGUUGUGCUUUUUUUUGGCAUGGGUAUUAGAGAAGCAAUUUUGUGUUCUCACUGCACCCUAUCAGGUAGUGUACAGUUUCAGUUUGCCUCAUUUCUGCUGAUGUUCAGGUUGAUCAUUUGCUUAAGGCACUACUUUUCGGGCUGCUUCACUGUAAAUUAACUGUUUUUUUCUCUAAGUAUUUUGUGGGGAGGUAAUUAGAAGCUAUGUAUAUAUCUUGCUCCUAAUGAAAAUUUUAAUUUAUGAAUAUUAGUGAUUCGUGGUUUUCUAGUCAAUGGAUUAUCUGUUAUUUCUUUUGACUCUAAUUGUUCCACAGUCAGCCAGUGGGAGCUCCCUUCAACCUGGCUUAUGUGCCCUUUUGACAUGUUGUCAUCAUUUUUUAUGCACUUUUUACUUUUGAGCACAUGGAUUUUCCAGACUUAUUUUGUACUUGCCUUGUUGCCUCAGUACUGGAAUCAGCCAUUUUUACACCUUUUAGUGGAAAUUGGUAUUUAGAAGCCACUAUUUGUGUACGAAAUGUGCUUAUGAUGACUGGGCUGCCUCUGCCUCCACUCCUCCUCAGUGGACAGUGCCAGGGAGCUUUUUGUGUGGAUGCAGCACACAGAUGUGUAUAUUUUAAAUGGAUGCACACAUACGUACAUUCCUUUCUUUGUGUGAUACCCUUCUAACCCCACUUGAACUCUUAACUCCUCAUACUGGGUUUUCCCUCCCGUCAGGAGGAGGGCUUCCUCACCCCAUUCAGCCACCAAGGCUUUGGCUGUGGCACAGAGUUGGGGGGAUGAAAAUGGUCAUUACAGAAAACAUGUAAAAAUUUAAAGGUCAAAAUAAAAAUUAUUCAUAAUUUAAUCAUUCACAAACAACGGUUUUUUUGGUGUGUUUUCCUUUUACUGUAGUGAGCAAAGUAGUAAAGCUGAAUUGAGAAUAGUAAAGUGUUUAUGCCCAAAACAUGGAACUUAUAUUUUGAAGGAAUUAAAUUCCAAAUGAAUACCAUAUGUUUUUCUAUAAUAUAUUUCCUUACUACUGGGAAGAGUUGCUAAUUAUUGAUAGAGAACAUCAGAGAAACUUGGUUGUAUGAAUGGAAAUCUGCCCAUUAAGGACUGAAUAGAAUAUUUUUACUAAUAAAAUUCAAAUAAAAGAGGAUAAUCAAAUUGUUUUGUAGGCUACAAAAUAAAAAUACAUUGCAGUAGGAUAGACUUUAUGUGAGAAGGGGGUCUGUAUUUCAUACAUGUUAAAAUAAACUUUAUGUGAACUAGAAGUCUAUGUAUGUGGACAAAUUA